CUCACAUUGCUCGUGGCGAAGAUUUUUGGUCGGAAGUAAACGCGACGCUUUGGCUGGACUUGGACCGGGCAUUGGGCCGCAAACUAAGCGUGCCUGCCAGUACUUCACAACUACCUACUAGCUAUUUGUAUCGCCACUACACAGCACAGAAGCCGCCGGCCAUCAUGUUGUCAGACGCCGCCCCGCCGGCCCUCGCGCCCAUAGUGACGACGGGGGCAGCCAAGCCCGAAGGCCAGGCCGUCGCCGAGUAUGGCAUCGUCUCGGCAUACCAGCGCGUGCUGGCCGACGACCCCGACGUGACAAUGCCCGUCGCCGCCAUCGAGGCUCUUAUAAGCGUGCUCGGCCAGACCACCUCGUCCACCGUCAUGGAGACGCUCGACAUCAUCCGCACCGAGGCCGAGCGCCUCAAGGCCUCGGUCCCGAACCCCGUCCCCCUCGCCGCGGGCACCGACCUGUUCCAGCAGUACCUCCUCCGCUCGCUCAAGAAGCAGGACGGCAGCAGCAGCAGCAGCAGCAGCAGCAACAAGAAGGCCGCCGGCGCAACAGCGGCGCAGACGGCGGCGGCCAGCACGGCCACCGACGGCUUCGAGGAGACGCGCCAGUACCUGAUCCGCAACAGCCGCCUGUUCGCCUCGCGCGCCAAGCAGGCCCGCGCCGCCAUCGCCGACCGCGGCGCCCGCAUAAUCACCGAGGGCAAGGUCGUCCUGACCGGGGGCGGCAGCCGCACGGUUGCCGCCAUCCUGCUGCGGGCCGCCGAGCUGCAUACGGCGGAGCACGGCAGCCCGCGCUUCCGCGUCGUGUACGUCGUCGACCCGCGCUUCAGCUCCCCCGCGCCAGCCCCAGCCACAACCGAUCCUUCGUCGCCGCCCCAAAAAUCCCAACCUCAGCCCCAAUCCCAGCAGCAGCAGCAGCAGCAGCAGCAGCCGUCGUCGGUCGCCGCCGCCCUGCGCGCCCGCGGCGUCCCCGUGGCCGAGGUGGCCGAGCGCGAGGUCGCCCACGUCCUGCGCACCGCCGGCGUCGACCUCGCCGUCCUGGGCGCCGAGGUGCUGUGCCAGAACGGCGGUAUCCUCUCGCGCAUCGGCACCUUCAACAUCGCCGAGCUGGUGCGCGCCUACGGCAAGUCCGUCUACGUCGCCGCCGAGAGCCACAAGAUCGCGCGCGUCUACCCGCUCAGCCAGAUGGACCUGCCCCGCUGCGGCGUCCAGCAGCAGGUCGCGCGCUUCACAACGGCCGCCGACGCCGACGCCCCCGAGCCGCCGAAGCCCGCCGACGCCGAUCCCGUAGACUACACGCCCCCUCAAAUGAUCACAAAGUUCAUCACCGAGUACGGCACAAAGACACCGAGCGAUAUAUACGAGAUGCUUUUAGAUAUAUUUUACUCGUGA